CCAUCGUCCAAGACAACAGAAAUACAAACAUCGCGUUGAUCAUUGCUCCAGAGGAGAAUCUGUUAGAAGCCAUGCCAGAAGUUAGACAUACCAAGGAAUCUGUCUCCCGUUCCAAGGCCCAUCUAUCUAAGGAUCAUCUCCACAAAGAAGGUGCGCAACAACAAGAUAACAUCGGCAAUGACUGGCCGGACGACGAUCGGGACGACCGAGGUCUAUUGUCACGCAAACGACAACGCAAGGCAGUGGUAUACGAUCAUCCCAUCCACCCUCAACAUUGGAUGCGACCAUACUGGCUCGGUAUGGGAUUGUUUCUCGUACUCUUUUCCUUUUGGGUCCUCGAUUCCCUCAAGGAUCCGAUUCUGGGGGCUCUUACUGGGAGCAAUCUGGAACGCCAUCAGCCUCCGGCCAAGUUGUUUAGCGUCUGUACAACUCUAGCUCUCGUUUGCUUCCUAGAAUACGUUUCGCAUGAACGCAAGCGUCAGCAGGAAUGCCAGCACGAUUGGGUACGACGAAAGGACGAAGAUGUACUCGAGUCUGGAGGUAGCUGGUCUCGCAUGGAUCUCAGCACUAGUGUCGAUGCGGCGACAAGGCAACGUGAAGAAAAUGCUGCAGAAGAGGGUGUCACUAGUUCUGCUUUUGCCUACAUCGGACUGCCUUACUGUCUUGUAUUUGGACUGAUGGCAUACGUGCUGCAGUUUAACAUUUCAGUGGCCACGUCGACGUCUGCCGUAAAGGAUGAAUCCAACAAGCUGACGUACUGGCAUCUAAUCGGCUACAUUUUUUAUGCAGCGAUUGAAUCUUUCGGUUCCAUUUCAGUCGCUACCUUUUGGUCCUAUGCUAAUUCCAAUUUGUCUUUAUCCGAGGCCGAGAACUUCUACGGCACCAUCAUUGCCAUUGCCCAAAUUGGUGCAAUCUUCGGAAGUACAAUGGUGACUACUCAUGUCUGGAACAACAUUACAUUGAUCAUUGUGGCCUGUUUAAUCAUUUUGUUGCACAUUCUGGUCAUGACAUCAUACAGUCGGCGAUUUCCAUCCACAUGCCCGAUAGUACUUGAAGCUGAGAAGAUUUCCUCCCAAGAACCCGCACUGUGGUCGGGAGUCUACUUAAUUCUGAAGCACAACUAUGUCCUCCUGAUAUUGGGAGUUUCGUGCUUGUACGAAAUUUCUUUAACCUGUCUCAAUUACCAAAUGACACUGCUUGGCUGGAGUCGUUUCGAAGACACUGAUCAUGAUGGCAUGUCUUUCACCCAGUUUAUGGGUCAUUACGGCCAAGUCGUCAACGCAUCAAGUCUCUUGCUUUCGUCGCUGCUGUUUCCUUUUCUGAUACACCGUUUGGGAUUACGGUUGACACUGCGUCUGUUUCCCACUCUUUUGAUGAUUGUCAACAUGAUUGCCUUUGGUGCUUUGCCCGGAAACCUAGCAGUCCUUUUCUUUUCCAUUUCCCUUCUCAAGGCCAUGACCUACAGUAUUCACGAUCCAUCGAAAGAGAUACUGUACUUGCCCACUUCGAAAGCCAUUAAAUUCAAGGCAAAGUUUUGGAUUGAUGUUGUCGGAGCACGGAUAGCCAAGGCAAUUGGUUCGACAAUCAACAACUACGCGGGAAGCGUUGACCGUAGUAUUCGCGUUGCAAGCGCACCCAGCUUGUUAUCGGCAGCCGCUCUGUGGUACGUAUGCUAUCGCGCGGGCUUACACUUCGACGAGCUUGUAAAAAAAGACAUGGUUGUAGGAAUUCACGAUGUAAUUGACGAUCCGGAUGAUUACGCAAAACUCGAUACAGUGAUCGAAGAAGGGGAAUUCGACGGUGACCUGUCAUGCAAAAGCGACAUUGAAUUAUCAACCAGUAGGUGA